AAAUGAGUAGCUUUGGGCAGAUCCUACAGGAGAUUGGAGAGUUUGGUUUAUUUCAGAAAUACUUGCUGAUUGCAUUGUGCAUCGUGAGUGUAUUUAAAGGUUUUGAUGUGUUCAGUCAGGUGUUUGUUGGCAUGAAGUUUCCACACCACUGUAACACUGACUGGAUCUUGAACCAUGGCCCAAACUUGACCUAUGAAAGACAAAAAAAUCUCACGCUACCAGUGGGCGAGGAUGGAAAAUUUGAAAGCUGUAAAAUGUUCACACCUGUGAAUUUGAGUUUGGAAACCAUUGAAGCUUUUGGAAUUAACACUACAACAGAAUGUAUGACUGGAUGGAACUAUGAGACACGCCCAGGUGCCUCCAGCACUGUAACAGAGUUUGAUCUCGUGUGUGACCGGAGUAUUUGGAUUUCAGCAUCAGAGUCCUCCUACAUGGCAGGAUAUCUGUUUGGAACUUUGGCAUUUGGGGCAAUUUCUGACAGAUUUGGUCGUCGCAUUGCCAUCCUGCUUUCAAUGCUUGGCUAUACGAUGUUUGGUGCUGUUACUGGUUUUUCUCUCCACAUCUACUUUUACAUGGCGAUCAAAUUUUUCUCUGGCUUUACAGGAGGUGUUGCUUUCAUGAACAUAUCUAUAAUGGCGGUGGAGUGGACCAGCCCUUCAAAGACUGCUGUUUGCACUAUGUGCAUCAUGGUUGUUCACCCUAUCGGGCUCAUGCUGUUGCCUGCAAUUGCCUAUGGUGUUCACAGCUGGAGGGUCCUGCAGCUGGUGCUCUUCUGCCCUGUUAUCCUCUUAGUGGGACUCUUCUUCUGGUUUCUUCCAGAAUCAGCUCGUUGGCUUUUGACCAGGGGAAGAAAGGAGGAGGCCCAAAAGUUGCUUGAGAGGGCAGCCAGGAUCAAUAAAAGAAAAAUCCAGAAUGAUUUGCUGGAUAAUUUUGAGCUGGAAAAUACAAGUAAAAGUGGCUCCUUUCUGGAUGUCUUUCGAACAUCAUAUUUGAGGAAGCGUACCAUACUAAUGGGCUGGAACUGGUUUGCAACGACUUUGAUGUAUUAUGGACUGGCCCUGAACAUUGGCAGUUUUGGUCUGAACAUCUACCUCACCCAGUUCAUCUUUGGUUUAGUUGAGAUUCCUGCAUACUUGGCAUGUUUGGCUUCAACUCAAUACUUUGGAAGGAGACCAAGUCAGGCAGGCUAUUUGCUCUUUGGGGGUGCUGCUUGCCUUUUGUUUCUUGUGAUUCCAGAUGAUCUUCCUGUGUUUGUAACAGUCACAGCCGUCAUUGGGAAAUUUUCCUCCACGGCUGCUUUCUCAACAGCCUAUCUUUAUACUGCGGAACUGUACCCUACCUUUAUCAGGCAUAGCGGUUUUGGUCUUAACUCUAUGUGCGGACGUGUGGGGGGGAUCUGUUCUCCACUCAUCAGGGCCCUGGGUGUCCACCAUCACGCUAUCCCCAUGCUGAUAUAUGGCAUCAUUCCCCUAGUUGCUGGAAGUUUAACUUUUUUAUUGCCUGAGACCCUCAAUGUUGAACUUCAGGACCACACUGACCUCAAGUGA